UAUCCAUACAUAUAUGUCAAUUACCGUCGUCGUAACUUACUCACUAGUCAUACAGCCAAUCAACCUCUGAGAGUUGUGAACUGAAUUGGCUUGAAGAUAGAUUUUCUACUUGGUCGUCUAUAGUGCUCCAUGAAAUGGUAGCAUUUGUACAAAGCGAGUAAUAUGUAAAUGGAGACAUGGCAGCAUAACAUACACACAACAUAAGAGUAUGGGUAGAAAGCAGGAAAGCAGAACAUUGGUAGUGGCGGAAUUUCUCUCUUACGAUGAUAUGAGAUCGAUAACCACCCGACCCAACCAGCAAACGAGUAAGCAAGCGAUACCACAAAUUGCAACGGUCUUCAUUCCCUUAUAGCUCGUGAGUUAGUUUAGCUCUAGCUUAGUUGGUGGUGGGCAACUCAUCCUACGCGCUGCCAUGCCGGCGAAUCUGACCACUUCUCUGGUCAAGUUCCACUCUACGCCAAAUAUGGUGGUUGACAGUGGUGGGAGUGGUUCAAGUAGUAAGCAUGUGACCCGGUCCAUGAACAAGUACCUAGUUCCUACGAACAAUAGUAGUGGUGGUGCCCCCUCGAGUCCGAGCAGCAGUGGUGAUUACUGUGGGGGCAACAGACCUCCGUUCAUCACGACGGUCACCAGAGGCAAAUUCCUUCCCUCCAAGUUUGAUCUCAUGAUGGUGGAAAAAAGCUUGUUCACUUUCUCCAGCCGACCUCGACCCGUGGGGUUGGUCACGAAGCAUACGUGCUCCUUGACGGGGGGACCUUUGAAGGAAUACAACGUCAAUUGCAUACCGCCACGCGGGGCUCACGACUACUACAAUAUGAUGUAUGACCCACACAUUUUUCGAGGUCGAGCCACAACCAGCACAGCACUUCCAACUCCCAAGAACAAAUUAGGAGAGAACAACGGGAACGAAAACAAACCUGUGGUGGUGAACAACAAGGACAAUGGGACAAGUGCUGAACCCAAGGCUAGGAGAAAGCGGACCACCACAACUUUAUACACUGUAAACGGUAACGGAACUGGCGGUGGUGGGAACAACCGUUACAAAAUCACGACACGGGUAACGACGAGAACCAGCAAAGGACUGAUGAAGUUGGCAGGUUGCAGCCAACAUACUCAUGUUCAGACGGAACAAUUUUUACAAGACUUGACCGGCGAUGCAUCCCCCGAUGAAAGGGAUGCAGUUGUCCAGACUGAUUCGAUUCAAGAUCUCAAAUGCACCACCUCGUCUUCAAAUAGGGCCAAAAAGGGGGGUAGUAAAAAUGGGGUUUUGCCCGCAUUGGUGAAAAAUGGGGUGGAUGCGUCAACCCAAGUUCUUCCGGGAGAACUGUUCUCGUUCGAUGAGGAAGUUCAGCCCUUGGUGGAGGCUUUAGUGGGAAAGAUUCUGCAGCAGUCGAUGCUGGAGACAAUGGAGGAGGAAGAGAUUGCUGCCUUGCAAGAGCAGCAAAACAAGUUUCUAGAAAAGAGAAAGCACGAGGAAAAGUUGUUGAAACAAUUGCAGGAGGAGCAGCGAAAGAUUAGCGAAGAGAAAGAAAAACUGAAACUGCAGCUGAAUGGGGGCACCGUGUACGACAGCGGCGAGGGCACAUCUGCCACGAUUCAGCAUCCCCAAGAGCUGUUAAGUAUUCAAGACCGUGUGAUAUUGGAUCAAGCCAUCCGUUCAGCUUCAAGAAAUCAGCCAAAUGUUCCCACGUCCUAUUUGAUUGAGCUGUUACCUUCCGUCCUUAAUUCUUUACGACAGGAGGGAUAUCUCUCGGAGGUUGGAGAUGGAGACAUAUUUUCCAACUUUAUUCCCAUGUGGCAAAGUUCCUCUAAAGCGGAAAGCGAAGCUGGUGAACCUUUCAGAACGGGGGACAAUUCUGGCUCCGCAAGUGCCGACCCGGAAGACGUAAUAAAACCCAACAACUCGACUGCUUCUCCGAGACCAGAUGACGACAAUUAUGACGACAGCAGUGUUGGGAAUGAUAAUUCUGUCAGUGACGACCGGGGUCGAGAGAAUUAUUCCACCCUCACCAACGUCACCCACACGACUACGAAUCCCGAAGAGGAGGAGGAGGAAGAAGACCUUGAUCAAACCAACAUAACGACGCCAGACUCUGUGCAAGAUCAGCAAACUAACAGCCGAGCUGAUGUUGUAAGUUCGCCGUCCAGUGAGACCCACCCAGCCUCCAUUGUCACCAAAAUACCCAGCUUUGAACGCACGGACGCUAACGUGACUGCAAUUGAGGGAUGAUCAGCAGAAAUAAUUAUUACCAAGUACAUAAUUGUCAUGAAAUACAUACACAUAUCUAAAGCGUAGCUGGAUCCGUUGUCAAUGUAUAAUUGUGUCCAGCAUCAUGAUAUGAACAAUCCUCCCAAAUCUUUAACAUUGCUACCUGUGAAUUUGACAACAAUUAAAUAACAACGACCCAUACAUACUGAACAAUUGAGCUGAAAUGGUAACCAAGCUGGUAAAUACAUGCUUCACUGUAAUACAUACACUAUACAUACAUCGGAAUGAGAGUAUACAUAACGUGUGUAAGCUAUAUCCGAACGCGUAGUUUUAGUUUGAAUAUUUUAUGCUGUGGCCAAUAAAGUCUGAUUAUAUAUUUA